GUUUUGGGAGGAACUCGUUUAACGUUUGCCGGAGAUGAACAAGGAGUCAAGACCGAACCCGGGUCAAUUCCGAUUUCCGGGUCAGUAAACCAAGUGGGGUGCCGACUAUUGGCGGAGGAGUAAAGUACCCACGGGUUUUUUCUUCUUGAUUCCAUGGGGAGAAGAUGGAGAAUACGCGUAAUUCAUUUGAUCCCGUCAAUUUCCGAAGACCUUCCCCAUUCUUACCCUUCCUCCUCGAGUCUUCGUCAAUGGCUUCUCUUAUAUCUCUCUUCCUCCUUGGUCUCCAUCUUCACUCACACGACCAUGAAUGGCGCAGCUCCCGCAGAGCAACCGCCGCCGCCACCACCACAACCAGUUCGAUGUCUUCGUCAGCUUCCGCGGCGGAGACACCCGCGACGGCUUCGCCAGCCACCUCUACGCCGCGCUGCGGCGGAGAAACGUCGCCGCCUUCUUCGACGCCGUGGAUCUGGAGAGAGGGAAUGAGAUCUCGCCGUCGAUCAAGGCGGCGAUCGCGAGGUCGGAGGUCUGCGUCGUCGUUAUCUCGGAAGGCUACGCGUUUUCCCCGUGGUGCCUGGACGAGAUCGCCGAAAUUGCAGAGUGCAGGCGGCGGAAGGGGACGGCGGUUGUGCCCGUUUUUUACCGGGUCGAUCCGGGGGAUUUGACGGGUCAGCUGGGCCGGGUUGGUGAGGCUUUUGAUGGACAUGCGGCGGUGUAUGAGGAGGAAAAGGUGGAGCGGUGGAGUGAUGCGCUGAGGGAGGUCGGGAACCUCUCCGGCUGGGAUUCCGUCGUCACCAGGCCUGAGUCAAAACUCGUGGAUGAAGUAGUAAAUGAUGUAUUGCACAAGUUAAGCCAAAGAUGUCCUAGAGCCAGUCCCAUGAAAGGCUUGGUUGGAAUUCAAUCACGCAUCAAAGAAGUGGAAUCCUUGCUGCAAAAGGAUUUGCUUCAUGGCGAUGAUGUUCUUACCAUAGGAAUAUGGGGGAUGGGUGGCAUUGGUAAAACCACCCUGACAAAAGCUAUAUUUGACCAAAUCUCACCUCAGUUUGAAGGUAGCUUCUUGUUGGAGAAUUUUCAGGAGCAACUGAGGAAAAGUAAGACCAUAUUCCACUUACAUGAAGAGCUUAUAAGAAAGAUACUGGACAACAAGAACGAAAGCCUGGCCACUGAGCUUAAAUUCGUGCAGAACAGGCUUCACCGCAGGAAAGUUCUUAUAGUUCUGGAUGAUGUAGCUGACUCUUUACAACUGCAGGAGUUACUGGGAGAUGGAGAUGAUAUGUUUGGUCCGGGAAGUAGAAUCAUUGUUACUGGUAGAGAUAAGCAUGUUCUUAGCAUUGUGGCUGACAAGAUCUAUGAGGUUAAGCCAUUGAACCCAGAUGAAGCUCUUGAACUUUUUUGUUUGAAUGCCUCUAGGAAAGGUCAAUCCUUCGCGGGUAAUGAUGCGGAGAUGUCCAAGAGGUUUGUGGACUAUGCCAAGGGGAAUCCUUUGGCCAUCAGGAUUUUGGGGUUGGCCCUUGUGGGGAGAAGUAGGGAAGAUUGGAAGAGCAAAAUGAAAAGGUUGGGUAGAAUUGUCAAUCCUGAUAUCCAGAGUGUUUUGAAAGUUAGUUAUGAUGGGUUGGAUCGUGAGGAGCAGAGCGUGUUUCUCGACAUUGCUUGCUUCUUUAGAGGCGAAGAUCGAGAUCAUGUGACCAAAGUAUUGGAUGGCUGUUACUCUUCUGUGCGGGUUAUGAUUACCAAUCUGGUAGAUAAGUCUUUGGUGAUGGUUUCCUGCAGCAAUACUUUGGAGAUGCAUGAUCUGAUACAAGAGAUGGGUUGGGGUAUUGUACAUGAACAAGUUGAGCCCGAGCGGAGAACGAGGCUUUGGAAUCCUAAGGACGUUUUCCAAGUUUUAUCCAGGAAAAAGGCUAGUGUUUCCAUGGAAGGCAUGUUCUUGGACAUGUCAAAAGUAGAAGAGAUGCAUUUGGAAGGUGAUGCAUUUGCAAAGAUGGAUCGCCUGAGAUUGCUCAAGUUUCAUCGUCCUGAUUACAGAUCAGAUGUUUGUAAUGUGCAUCUUCCUCGUUGUGGUCUUCAAUCCAUGUCGGACGAGCUCACACUUCUUCAUUGGCAUGGAUUCCCUUCUGCAUCUCUUCCUCUCAAAUUUUGUGCUGAAAAUCUGGUGGAGCUCAGUCUGCCUUUCAGCAAGGUCUCACAGCUCUGGCCAGGAGUUCAGCAUCUUGGCAACUUGAGGUUGAUUGAUCUCGAAGGCUCUAAGAGCUUGAAGUGGAUCCCAGACUUAUCAAAAGCAGAGAAUCUGGAGACAGUAGUUCUCGAUGGAUGCGAACGAGUAGUGGAGCUCCCCUCGUACUUCCAACAUCACACCAAGCUCAAGCGCCUCCAUCUUAAAAGCUGCAAAAAUCUCAAGUUCCUCCCUACAAGACUGGACUCUGAACACCUGAGGCACCUCGAUUUAUCGUCCUGCCCCAAGGUUUCAACCUGUCCAGAAGUCUCAGCAAGCCUGAAAGAACUGAAUCUUAGCGGGACAACAAUCAGGGAACUUCCUAUUUCAGUUCUCAGGUUUAGAGUUCCGAAAGUUCUGAACUUGGACGGCUGCUUAAACAUCAGAUAUUUCCCAGAGAUCUCUGGGGGGAUCAAGAAGUUGACGAUGAAUGGGACAGGAAUCAGGGAGGUUCCCUCGUCUUCGCCAAUGGACCAUCUCUUAGAACUCGAAGUGUUGCAGAUGAGAAACAAUCUAGCUUUGACAAGAUUCGGAGCUGAUAUUGGUAAGUUGAAGUCACUUAGACUUCUGGAUCUGUCGGGGUGUUCCAAUCUCGAGUAUUUCAGUGAUAUCUCAGAGCGUCCAGCUUGCUGUCGCGAUAUUCGUCUGGGUGGCUGCAGAGAGGUCUCGAGGCCACGUGGCGUUUACAGCUACGAGUUCGACCUGGCCUUGUUUGAUAUGCAGGAGAAGUUGGAAGAGAAAAAAGGGAUGCAUUCAAUGUCGGGUUGCACGGGGAAGAAGGCUGUUUCGAGGGUGAAAUCAUGGUUGGUGACUUGGUGUGGAGGAAGAGGAUAAAGUGGAGUUCUUGGGUUGAUACGAGAUAC